CUAUUCUGCAAAAUUAAAUUCAAGUUCACAAUACAACAAACGGCGUCGCUUGUCAGUAGCAGCAUCCAAGAAACGCCAGCAAUGGAUACCGAUCACUCGCAACCAAACCGGAAGCCUUCGUCUUUGCGAUGGCAAAUCCUACGCCGUGCCCUUAUCCGCCGUCCUUCAUCUGAUCCUGAGAACCUGUUUGAAGAAAUACGUUUGAAUAAAGUAUCACGAAGAACAAGAAUUGGGUUUAAUUUGAUACCAUGGCACGUGGUGAAUGAAGUCGGGGAAGAUUCAGAUUCUUUUCCGAAAAGAGACGCUUGGUUUUGCUACACAUUGCCUCUUCCUAAUGCUCCUAAGCUUUUCCUACGUCAAAGAUGUGAAGAUUGUGUCGAUCUCAAUGAUUUUGAAGUCUGUAAUAGAUAUGACAUUGACAACACGGGACUUGUCUGUCAAUGGCCUUCUGAGGAUGUACUUGCUUAUUAUGCCAUGUCACAUCUUGGUUGCUUCAGGAGUAAAAGAGUAAUUGAACUCGGAUCAGGUUAUGGAUUGGCUGGUUUAGUUAUUGCUAUGGCUACAGAAGCAUCAGAAGUUGUUAUAUCAGAUGGAAAUCCUCAAGUGGUUGAUUAUAUACAGUGUAAUAUAGAUGCCAACUCUGCUUCACUUGGCAGUACAAAAGUGAAGUCAAUGAUACUGCAUUGGGAUCAGUAUGAAGUCUCAGACAUCCCGGGUACCUUUGACGUCAUUGUUGCAAGUGACUGCACUUUUUUUAAGGAAUUCCACAAAGGCCUUGCUCGAACGAUCAGAUGCUUGCUAAAAGAAGAUGGUCCCUCUGAAGCCAUACUUUUCAGCCCCAAAAGAGGCGAUUCGUUGGAUAAGUUUCUGGUGGAAGUUAAGAAUAGUGGAUUGCACUUCACCAUAACUGAGACCUAUGAUACAGAGAUUUGGAGACGGCAUAAAAUUUUUGCUAAUGGAGAUCCCUCGUGGCCUAACUACGACUCAGAUCAUUGUUACCCUUUAUUGGUCAGCAUUACAAGGUGAACUUUUUGAUGUCUGCUUUUCCACCUUUUUUUCCUGCACUUGCUUUUAGCUUUCGCUGGGGUUUAUUUUUAGGCAGAGACCCCUCUUUCCUUAUAGUUACUAUAUAAAGCUGUGGGAGAGCAUUCACUUGGAGUAGCUUCUCCUUCAAUUCCAGAAAUUCCGUGUUAUUUGUUUAUUAUGCUCAAGAUUAUUUAACUUGUAGGGGGAAAUUGUAUUUUUGACUUUCAAGUCCCAUUGCUUAAAGAAUUUUCGAAAAUAGUCCCAUAACAUGUAAAAAUU